AUGACUGCACACACUGCGCCGGCCUUCCUUGGCGGUGAUCUGCCAGAGGCAGAGCAACUAGCCGUGCAAGAGGGCCAUGAUGCAGACAUCAGUAGCAACGCGGGCGCAGUACGAAACACCUCAGCUCCUCGAAGCAAGGGAAGUUAUGCCGAAUUCGAGAAGGAUCACGAACGGUCAUCAACCUCGUCAGUAAAUGAGCCCGAGCGCGAUCUGGAGAAGGCUCGUGUCGAGGCAACUGAGCAAGAGCAAGAACCACUAGAUCCGAACAUAGUUGACUGGGACGGACCUGACGACCCUGCGAACCCCAUAAAUUGGUCACUCACUAAGAAAUGGAGCAACAUCUUUGUGCUAUCGGCCCUGACACUACUCACACCUCUGGCAUCGUCAAUGUUUGCACCAGGCGUGCCUGAGGUACUAAGGACGUUUGGCACAGAAAGUGUCUCUCUGGCAACUUUCGUCGUCUCCGUCUAUCUUCUAGGAUUUGCUGCAGGACCAAUCGUCAUCGCCCCGUUGUCCGAGCUGUACGGCAGAGUACCAAUCUACCACGUCUGUAACGUUGGGUUCAUCCUGUUCACUGUUGCUUGCGCCUUGGCAAAGGACAUGAACCAGCUCAUUGUCUUUCGCUUCUUUGCUGGAGCUUGGGGGAUUAGUCCAAUAACCAACGGUGGAGGAACAAUUGCAGACCUAAUGGUUGCCGAGCAGCGUGGAUCUGCUAUGGCUAUCUGGGCUAUAGGUCCUCUCCUUGGCCCUGUCAUUGGCCCUGUUGCAGGAGGUUUCCUUGCAGAAGCAGAAGGUUGGCGGUGGAUUUUCUGGGUCAUAGGGUGUCGGCGAUGCUUGCCUCGUGCUACCAUCCACUCUUCCGUUCAGUCGAAGAAACAGACUGACACGAUUACGAAAGCUAUCGCUACCGGCGUCGUUACCAUCGCUGGCUUCUUCGUCAUGCGCGAGACAUACGCGCCCACAUUGCUCGAACGCAAGGCCAAGAAGCUUCGUAAGGAGACCGGCAAUCCUAAUCUUCGAUCUAAGCUGGCCAUCGACCUCCCGCCGCAACAGCUCUUCGUACAAGCUAUUGCUCGUCCAAUGAAGCUCAUGUUCUUGUCGCCAAUCUGUGCGCUCAUGAGCUUGUACAUGGCUAUUGUCUACGCCAUCAUGUACCUGCUCUUCACGACCUUCACAUUCGUGUUUGAAGAGCACUACGGCUUUUCUGGGAGCACAGUUGGCUUGGUAUACAUUGGCUGUGGUGUCGGUAAUCUGAUCGGACUCGCUGUACUUGGCAAGAUAUCCGACCCCAUCAUGAAGUACUUGGCGAAGAAGCACAAUGGUGGCAAGCUCAAGCCGGAAUACCGUUUGCCGGUGCUGAUGUAUGCUGGUCCGACGAUUCCGGUCGGGAUGUUCAUAUAUGGAUGGACCACUCAAUACCAUAUCCAGUGGGCGGUACCACUUUUCGGGACACUCCUGGUCGGCCUUGGUCUCAUUGCGGCGUUCAUGUGCAUCAACACGUACCUGAUCGACACGUACACACGAUAUGCCGCUUCAGCCAUGGCGGCGAACACAAUCCUACGAUCAGUUCUUGGCGCAGUCUUUCCGUUGUUCGCACUUCAGAUGUACAACGCUCUCGGUCUGGGCUGGGGCAACUCCUUGAUCGCAUUUAUCUCGUUGGCACUAUGUCCGAUCCCAUGGCUUUUCUACUGGUACGGUGAAAAGUUGCGGACUCACCCAAGGUUCCAGGUGAAGUUUUGA